GUGUAAAAGCAUAGAAGUCCAUUGAAUUCAAUGGAUUUAGAAUGAGGGACACAAAGCAGCAGAUAUUGUUCUUCUCCAUUUUAUCCUCACAACAACCUUGCGAAGUAGGCUCAGCAGAGAGUGUGACUGGUCCAGGGUCACUCAGUAAGCUUCCAUGGCAGAGCAGGGAUCUGAAUCUCCCUGAUCCUAGUCUGACACACUAACCACUACGCAAACUGGAUGUGGCUGUCUAGUGAGAAUGUGUGAAAUCUGGUUACCCUCUCUAAGGGGUGUGUCAGAGCUCUUUUCAUUCCGCCCCCCCCCUGGAAGGAACUGCUAUUACUAGAGAUGUAAAUUUUGUUUAAAAAACAUUAUGGUUUGAACAUCAACAAGCUCACAGCCAAAACUCUCGGAAGUGUUUGUUGGGCAUUACUCCAUCUUCAAGACUCUAUGGAAAGUCUGUUCUGCACUAGAGAACAAGGAAUGAGGUGGGAUCCACUUCCCUGGCUACCAGAAGCCUCAAAGGUAUUUGGCCUCAUGCCUUGCUUCAGGCUGCUUCCUCCAAGGGUGAUGUUUCUGCUGAGCAAGGAAAUUCCCUGGAUGUGCGGGCAUUGCCCUCUGGUGCAGCAGCAGCAGGGAUGUUAUUGGCUCUCCCGAGACAGCCUUUGUCCGCAUGCCUGCACCUUCUUGAAGAGAUCUGCAUGCCUGCCCAAACCUCCUGAGGAUUUUUAACAUUGACAGCAAAACAGAAACAGUAAACAAAUCAUUAACAUCUUAACGUGACAUCCCUAGCUGUCAUUUAUCUGCACUUGCUCUUGCAGGAUUCAAGACACUUGCCUUGGUGGAAAGCCCCUCCCUGGAUGUCUCGAGGUCGAACAUCCUUUGUGAGGCAGCUAAUUGUAUACGUGAGUUAAGAGCCAAGGUAGAAGGAGCUGGCAAUGUUCUUGCAUCACAACAGAGAGGAAAUGGACCGGACAGAAAUGAUGCCAGCAGAUCCCCAGGCCCUAGCGCUGAUAGGGCCACAGGCAGAGCUAGAAGGUCCUCCAAGAAUGCUGCACAGACCGCAACGGAAAGUGGACAAGGGGUCUGGAAGAAUCCAGGAGGAUGUUGUCGAAGGCGCAGACCCUGAACAGCAAGAGUACCCGACAUUGGUACAAUUGCCUAAUUCAGGACGGGAGAUGGCAAAGCCUGCUAAGCCCUGUCUACCCUCACUUAGAGGAGGAGACAAUCAAAGCUGCUGUUCUGGAAAAGACAAAGCAACCCAUUUCCACCCAGGCCUUUCUGGAGAAGGCAAGGAGGCCCACGGCCACUCAGACUCCAGGGGGACAGAGAAGAGUGGGGAGGCUGCAGGGAAAGAUGCUGCUACCAUGGAAACCCAGCGACAGAACUUCCGGCAGUUCUGCUAUCAGGCGGCUGGGGGGCCCCGUGAGGCGUGCGGCCAGCUCUGGUACCUUUGCCAUCGGUGGCUGAAGCCAGAAAGGCAUACCAAGGAGCAGAUUCUGGAGCUGUUGAUUCUAGAGCAGUUCCUGGCCAUCCUGCCAACAGAGAUCCAGAACUGGGUGAAGGAACAUGAACCAGAGACCUGUUUUCAGGCAGUCGCCCUGGCUGAAGGUUUCCUGCUGAGGCAAGAAGAGGUUGAGAGACCUGAAGGACAGGUGGCUGCCAUGCCUUCCCUUAAAGCAGAUGGAGCUCCUUUGGAUAGCAGAGAAAAGCUGUUGUGUCCGGAAGUCAAGGAAGAAGAUGUAAGCUGGUUGAAUGGAGAUGAAGAGGAGGAGGACAGGCUAUUGGUGAGAAGCCCUUUGCCAGUGGAAUCUCAUCAGGAGGGAAGACCUUGGCAACAUCUGCCUAAGAUAACAGAUUCUCCAGUUUAUUCAGAGGCAAAAUGGGAAAGUCACCCAGAAGAGAGCACCAGUAAAGCUACAGAAGUCUUGCUAGACCUCAGUGAACACAGAGGUCAACAGGUACCUCCCAAAGGCAAGAAACAGAGGACUUGUAGUGUAUGCGGGAAAAGCUUCAGCCGUAGCACCGGUCUGAUUGCACACCAAAGAAUACACACCGGAGAGAAGCCAUACGAGUGCUCAGACUGUGGGAAAUCCUUCACAUUGCGGUCCAACUUGAUUUCACAUGAAAGAACCCACAAUGGGGAAAAACCAUAUUCAUGCCAAGAGUGCGGAAAAAGUUUUAGUGUCAGUUCACAGCUCAUUAAACACAAAAGAACCCACUCUGGGGAAAAACCAUACAAAUGCACAGAAUGUGGACAAACAUUCCGCCAGAGUUCACACCUUAAAAACCACCAGAGAAUCCACACAGGAGACAAACCAUUUAAGUGUUCGGAUUGCGGGAAAAGUUUCAGCGUGAGCUCAGACCUGAUUAGGCAUGAGAUAUCCCACACAGGGGAGAAACCAUAUCAGUGUCCGGACUGUGGCAAAAGAUUCUGUAAUAGCUCACAGAUUAUUACUCAUCGGCGCGUUCACACAGGAGAAAAACCCUAUAAAUGCCUGGAAUGUGGGAAAAGCUUCACUGUGAGCCAGCAGCUUAGCAGGCACCAGAGAGUUCACACAGGAGAAAAACCAUAUAAAUGCCCAGAAUGUGGGAAAACCUUUGGUGUGAGCACCCUUCUUUCAGGACACCUGAGGAUUCACACAGGCGAGAAACCAUACGAGUGCUCAGAAUGUGGGAAAAACUUCAGGUUACGUUCAAACCUUAUCGCUCAUCAGAAAAUACACACUGCAAGGAAAUCCUAGAAUCGUUUGACUGUCAGAAUAAAAAAAAGGGAUUCCUUGAUUUUGACAUGAAUUAACUGAUUUGUUUUUUAGAAGUCCUAUUUAUUUAAGGGAUUCUGGGACCCUCAUCAGAUCCCCAGAAGAUAUCUUUGUUUUGAUUAGGAAUAUUAACUAAACAGCAAUUUACUCUCCAGGUGUUUUCAUGUGUUAGAGCAUUUCCUUACAUUUCUACUAGAUAUAAUGUGAAGAAAGGUUUUUGGGGUUAUAGAAUUGUUACUAAAACCUGGAUUUGUAGAACUAGGAUUAACAAAAUGAAUAUAAUCUUGUAAUCUGGACCUGUGAAACCAUACCCAGUUUGAGGUGUUUUCAUGAGAAUCAUGACCUUAGAGUAAAAGA